CUUUAACACCACAGCAACUGUCUUAUUCGACAGCCAACACCAGGAAGUCUUUGCACAUUCUCCCAAUUCUCUCUCUCCGAUUGCUCUACAAUCUCCAUCCAAACCUGCAGCCUGCAUUUCCACAUCACCUCAGACCACCACGAUGCAACCCGCAAUGCCAUACCACCCACCCGUCAUUCGGAUCCGCUUCCGCGGUAACGCCAAUGGUGUCAUGGAAGUCGAACUGCCCGACAACCGUCACUUCCGCGUCAGCCAUUCCAGCAUGCCACCCGGCCCGCUCGAGGUUCCGGCAUUCGGCCCUGUCUUCCCCGACAGCCCACCACCGCCACCCGAUCCAGUCCACGGUCACGGUGGGGGCUAUGCCGGACCCCCACCCCCAGUCCACCACGUCGUCGGGGGUCCUCCGCCACCACCUCAUCCUCCUCCGGCGCAGCCAGUCGGUGUCGGCGGGAACCAUGUUGGGUGGAACGACGUUGGCGGGAACAACAUCGACCCCCCCACUAUCAACGGAGGCCCGCCCGACCCUCCCUCUAGCACCCCCGCGGCCCCACCACCACUCCCAAACCCAGUCCCGCCGAACCCAAUCCCCUUCGGCACUGCCCAACUGCCUAGCCCCAUCAUGGUAGCCGCGCCCCCCGCCUUGGAGGACACCCCAGCCAGUCCCACCCCCCUUAUCGACAACAUGGCCCACCAUGUCCCUGGCGGCAUGCUCGCCUCCGAGGCCGGCGACGCCAGCACCAUUGCCGCUUCCGGCCCUGUGGACCUAGGGUUUGGUGACCUUGAUGCGCAGAUGCGCGAGUUCAUGGAGAGCCUUACUCUGAAUCGCAGGCCUGCUCCUGCUCUAGCUGAUUUUACAACUACUUUGCUUGAAAUCUGA